AUGCCCUACGUGCCGGGAGUCGUUCCGUCGCUCGACAACUACAGCUUCCCAGGAGCGGCCGACUACCAGAUGCGAUCCCGUUUCCCGCCGGGAACUGAAGCCGGCCCACACGAGCCGGGCGGAGGUACCAUGAACCCUCAGAGCGACUGGGCGGCCGCGUUUCAAGGUCUUUCGUUGAACAGUCGUUGA